UUUUCUGUUGUCCGUAACGUCACGUUGCAGAGACAACCACCGUGCAAGAAAUGGCCCACGCCCCAUGUCUCCCUUGCCUUCUCUGCCCUUCAAAAGUCAGAACAGACAAUCAUUCCUUUGCCUUCUUCUCAACCACCAUUCUCAGAAAAUGUCUCUCAGAUCAAGGAUCCAAACCCCAAAGGGAAUUGUUGCAGAGAUUACAGAAAAAGCUCAAAAGGAAGAAGAUGAAAGGCCCUCGGAGCAGCCAUCUCAAUCUGCUGCUCAGAGAGCCAUCAGCCAGACCUUGGCCAGUACUGCCAACCUGGCCAACCUCCUACCCACAGGCACCCUCUUAGCCUUCCAGCUGCUGACUCCCAUCUUCUCCAACAAUGGCAUCUGUGAUCCUGUCAACCGUCUCAUGACCCUGAUACUGCUAAUGCUAUUGGCGGCGUCAUGCUUCGUUGCUUCCUUCACAGACAGUAUCAGAUUAGAUGAUGGUCAACUCUAUUAUGGCUUCGCCACCUUCAAAGGCAUGUGGCUUAUUGAUUACCCUGUAUCUUCGUCUUCUUCAUCAUCGUCAUCAGCGCUGCCGGAUCUAACAAAGUACAGACUUAGAUUCGUUGACUAUGUGCAUGCUGUGCUAUCUUUCUUGGUAUUUGUUGCUGUGGCUCUGAGAGACAAGAACGUGCUGAAUUGCUUCUACCCACAGCCAAAACAUGCUACAGAAGAAGUGCUGGAUGCUGUUCCUGUUGGAAUCGGGCUUAUCUGCAGCCUGCUGUUUGUUGUCUUCCCCACAAGACGCCACGGCAUCGGCUAUCCUGUUACAAAUGGUAAAUGAGACAAAAAAAUCAACAAUUUGCUUUGUCCAUUAAAUCUUGUACAUGCAAUCAAUUUAGCUGUACAUCUAUGUCAAUGCAAAUUUGGUUGGUUUUAUAUGUAAUAAAUGUAACUUGGUGCCUCAAUGAA